UAGAACUCUUAUACUUCUCAAUCAAUCAUUGAGAAGUACAAAACCAUAAAAACGAAAAAUGGCUGAGAAGUACAGUCACAUGGGACCGGUUCCUGUGCUCCACGGAAAAGAUGAAGAAUCCGCGGUGUAUUUGCAAUCUGAGGAGCUCAGACGUCAAAAAAGAAGGAUGAUGUACAAGUACAUUGGUAUUUUCCUUGUAGUUCAUAUCAUAGUAAUCACAAUAAUUGCACUCACUGUGAUGAAGGUUAAGUUCCCGAAGGUCAGGUUAGGCAACAUCAACGUCCGAAGCCUCAACUCUGACCCAACAACACCUUCGUUUGACACGAGCUUCACAACCCAAGUAAGUGUCAAGAACACAAACUGGGGUUCUUACAAGUUUGACGCUGGCACUGUCACGUUUUUGCACCAAGGCGUGACUAUAGGGCAAGUUUCAAUUCCGAAGGGCCAAGCUGGAAUGCGUUCCACCAAGAAGGUCAGUGCCACGGUGAGUUUGAACUCGCAUGGCAGUUCCAAUCUUGGCAGUGAAUUGAAGAGUGGGAUGUUGACGCUGAGCAGCCAAGCCAAAUUGAGUGGAAAAGUUAAAUUGUUUUUAAUUAUGAAGAAAAAGAAGAGUGCUACAAUGAAUUGCACCGUAACAAUCGAUUUGUCAACUAAGACGGUCAAAACUCUAAAAUGCAAAUGAUCACAAACUAAGCAGUGAGUGAAAGAGGAUUGGAGUUGAACUGCGUUUUAUUAAAUCAUUAAUUAGGAUUUUUUCUUUUUCUUUUAAGGUUUGUGCUUGAAGAAUUGGAAAUUGGGACCUAUUCCAAGGUAUUGGGAACACAGCCACACCAAUAACCAGUCGGUUUCAUAUGAUUUAUUAUUAUUUGUGUGAUGCUUGAACUUUUUUUGAACGCGAAGAAGCAGCGGUUAUGCAGUCUUUCUCAUUUUUUAUUUGUUCUUCUUUUAGACUUUUUUGUUUGGUUGAAUACAGAGAAGGACUGCAUAACCGCUGCUUCUUCACGUUCAAAAGAAGUAAAUAAAUAAAACGAAACGUAGGAAAAAUAUACUAGAAAAAAGAUAAGGAAGAUACUGCCUGGAGGCUGGAAUUAUGUCACCUAGAUAUUUAUCUUUGAGAAUUAUUUAUAGUAGAUCAAACAGCAUCUUAAGCUGGACAAAUUAGACAGCAAUGUCACACCCCACUGCAAACAAGACCACAGCUUGUAAUUUGUCCCGUUGUAAGACAAAGACUAGGCAUUAAUUAGGUAUUAAUUAGUCAGUUGAAGUUAGGGUUGGAUUGGAUGAAUCUGAAGGGGUGACCAUCCCAAACAAUGGAAAUUUUUACCACUUUACUAAAGUUUCUGUUAGUUUAUAGGCUCCAUGCAUGUCGCAAUCUUUAUGGUCCUUCUCAAUUACUAAAUGUUUGAAUUUUACUACAUACUAUUUUGGGAUGAAAGUGUCAAUAUUUUGUUACAGAGGUUUCCAAAGGAUCUGUUCAAAACCUAAAACAACAGCACUAUCAAUCUUCAUUUAACCAAAGAAAAAAGAGUA